UAUUAAAUGAAAAUAAAAAUAAAACCUUAUCUGAUAUUUUCUUUCAGAAAUUAUAUUCAUUUAAACUUGAAACAUGGCCAAGUCGAAGAAUCAUACCAAUCACAAUCAAAAUCGUAAGGACCAUCGUAAUGGUAUUUACAGGCCAAAGAAAUACAGACAUGAAUCACGUCGUGGUGUGUGUCAAAAGUUUUUAAGGAAUCAGAAAUAUGCUUUAAARGGAAAUUUGUCCACUGCGGAUCAAUGUGCCCGAGCUAUUGAAAGAAGCGAAAAGAGGACAGCUUUGAGGACCAAGUUUGCCGAAUUCAGAAAGAAGAAAGCUGCAACCAAAAAAGCAUAAUUCUGAUUUUUUAAAAACAAUUACAUCAAUGUUUCCUUUCRUGUAAAUUAAACGAUUAUAUUAAAAUAAUUAAUACAA